CCAGAAAAUUGUUUAGCUUCAGUCUGUUAAGCUACUCUCUCUCUCUCUCUUUCUGCAGUCUGAACUCUGCGUGGAACUGUCAAUCAGGCGAAGACAGAUCACUCUCAUUUCAGCAUUUGCUAUUAUACUAGUUGAAAAAAGUAAAAUGGAUACUGAGGAGCUAAGACAAAUGGAAGAUGAAGAAACUCCAAUGAUGAAAACAAUAAAAGGUGCAACCACAGGUCUAGUUGCUGGCACUAUUUGGGGUACUAUUGUUGCUACUUGGCAUGAUGUACCUCGUGUUGAGAGAAGAGUCGCACUUCCCGGUCUGGUCCGGACCCUGAAGAUGAUGGGUAACUAUGGAGUUACAUUUGCUGCAAUUGGUGGAGUCUACAUUGGGGUAGAGCAGGUGGUGCAGAACUACAGGAUGAAAAGAGACUUUGUUAAUGGAGCUGUUGGUGGAUUUGUUGCUGGUGCUUCUAUUUUGGGUUAUAAGGGGAAGAGCAUUUCAACAGCAAUCUCUGCUGGAGCUGCCCUUGCAGCCACAUCUUCCUUCAUUGAUGUGGGAGGUCAAACCACACGAGUUGACACUGGCAAAGAAUAUUAUCCUUACACCACCAAGAAAAGGCCCAAUAUUAAUUAGUUCAUCAAGUCGCACCAGUCUUUGCUGCACGCUUGUUUCAGAAAUGUAUGUAUUCGGGCUGGUUUUUCUCUUUGCUCACCUUUUUGCUGUUAGAGAUUUCCAAUUGUUGUUUUAAUAAUUUUGUGUCAAUGAGAUGCCAAUCCUGUUUGGACAGAAAUGAUCAUAACCGUUGACAUUUAAAGUCAUCGGGCAUUGUUAAGAAUUUCUGGAAAUUGCAACAUGAUACCAAUUUUCUUUACAUGA